ACGUCUAACCCCAACAAAAUCCAUUAAUGGAAAUCGAGUUAAUAACGAACAACCAAACCAAACCAAACACAUAAGAAAUUUAUCACACGCGUCGAAAAGUAGGCAGAUGAAACCACCAUUUUUAUCUCAACAAUCUUCGCCAUUUUUCGAGUCCCUUUAUCUGUAACUGAUCGACUAAUAAAUCCAUGCUCUUUUUUUUGCUGGGAUUUGUUCAUCUUUUUUAUGGGUUAAUCUUUUUUUUUUUAAUACGAGAAAACUCCGCUUUUUCGAUCAGUACUCAGUACAAUCAAGAAAAUGGGGACGAAGAACAGAAGCAGAGCGAUGGUUUCACUUAAAUGGAUUGCAAUUCUGUGUUUCAUUAGCUUUUUCCUCGGCGCACUUUUCACCAACAGAAUAUGGGCUGCUCCUCGAUCAGAUCAUCGGAUUCUUGAAAUACGGCGUAAUGUGGGAGAUUCCGCAGCUUCUUCCUUCGAUGACUGUGACACUAACAAGAAACUAAUUCGGGACAAGGAAGUGAUAAAGGAGUUCAGCAAAGCGCACGAUGCAAUACAAACUUUGGAUUCUUCUGUUACUAAACUACGGUUGGAGCUUCCAUCGAAUAAAAAAUCCCGCAAAAUUGGACACUUCGAGAAUUCAACUUCCGUUUCCGAAAAUAAUGUGGCGAGGAAAAAGGCAUUUAUGGUAAUAGGUAUAAACACAGCUUUUAGCAGCCGAAGGAGACGUGAUUCUGUUAGAGAAACAUGGAUGCCUAGAGGUAAAAGUUUAGUUCAACUCGAGAAAGAAAAGGGCUUCGUGGUUCGUUUCAUGAUCGGACAUAGUGCAACAUCGAACAGCAUUUUGGACCGUGCAAUCGACUCUGAGGAAGCACAGCAUCACGAUUUUCUCAGGCUUAAACACGUAGAAGGAUAUCAUGAAUUAUCGGCAAAAACAAAAUCAUUCUUCGCCGCUGCUGUAGAAAGAUGGGAUGCUGAAUUCUAUGUCAAAGUGGACGAUGAUGUUCAUGUAAAUUUAGGCACACUAGCUGCAACUCUUGCACGCCAUCGCUCUAAGCAUGGAGUAUAUAUAGGAUGUAUGAAGUCUGGGCCAGUUCUUUAUCAGAAGAAUGUUAAGUACCACGAGCCCGAGCAUUGGAAGUUUGGAGAAGAAGGAAACAAGUAUUUUCGACAUGCUACUGGUCAGAUAUAUGCCAUAUCAAAGGAUCUGGCUAAUUACAUCUCCGUUAAUCAAAAAAUUCUGCACAAAUAUGCAAACGAAGAUGUGUCGCUUGGAGCUUGGUUUAUCGGACUUGACAUUGAGCAUAUUGAUGACCGCAACAUGUGCUGUGGAACCUCACCUGAAUGCGAAUGGAAAGCAAAAGCAGGUAACAUUUGUGUGGCGUCGUUUGAUUGGAGCUGCAGUGGCAUUUGCAAGUCGGUGGAAAGAAUAAAGGCCGUCCACGCAAAGUGCGGUGAAGAUGCUGCCAUUCUUCGGAACGCCCUCGUUUAACUAAUGUGUAAUCACGAUUUUUCUUUUUAUCUCUCCGUUUAUUUUAUCGCUAUUUAUCACUAAAAAAAAUUGGCUGAGGAAAUAGAAUGGGAGAAAAUUGAUGACAGGACGAAGAUUCAUUUUGUAAAUGAACAUAUUUUUUUAUUGCAUAGGAACGACUAGGCAAAUUUUGUCAAGUACAUUUAAAUGAGUUAUGGUAGAGGGAAGAAAGAACAAUGUGUGUGUGUGUGUGUGUGUGUAUAUAUAUAUAUAUAGACUGUUGUUCUUCA